GUUCCGUGUGUUAUCCUUCUUUUGAACGUGAAAGAGUCGAACAAAAUGCCUGGGCAAUUGGAAGAACUCCAAGCAAAGCGCGCAACUUUUGGAAUGGGUUGCUUCUGGGCAGGUGACUGCCUAUUUGGAGUCUUACCAGGUGUGAUUAGAACCUGUGUCGGAUACGCCGGUGGACAAAAGGAAUCACCUAUUUAUAGAAACUUAGGUGACCACACAGAAGUCGUUGAUAUCGAAUACAAUCCCGAUGUGAUAUCGUACUCGCAAUUACUCACACUCUUCUGGCAAAAUCACGAGUACGGCCUUACUACGAAAAUCAAGAGGCAGUACAUGUCGUUGAUUUUGUACCACGAUGAAGAACAGAAAUUAUUAGCCGAGAAGUCACGUCCUGCUGAAGACUAUCAUCAAAAAUAUCGACUCAGAAACCAUCCAUGGUUAAUUGAAACUACCGGUCUCGUCAGCAACGAAAUUCUGCGGAAUUCUCCUUUAGCUGCUAAGCUGAAUGGUUAUUUAGCUGGAGCUGGAACCGUCGAGCAAUUUGAGAAAGAGUUGCCAAAACUUGGUUUGAGUGAAAAAGCGUCCCAGUAUUUGCAGAAAUAUGUGAUCGAGAAUCAAGGAAACGGUUUAUACUGCUAGC